AUGACGAGUCGAAAACUAAACCCAUAUGAAAGUUCUACAUUUGAAAAUUCUUUACUGCUUAGAGUGGAUGGGGCAAUUGGUGCCAUGUCGCUAUCGCCCAACGGGAGAGACGCAGUUUUAGCAGGGCGACGAGGUCUUUUUAUUAUUGACUUAGAUGACCCAUUUACACCUCCAAGAUGGCUACAUCAUAUAACUUCUUGGGAAGUGGCCGACGUUCAGUGGUCACCUCAUCAUUUUGUAAAACCAUCAUGGUGUAUUUCUACCUCGAAUCAAAAGGCACUAUUAUGGGAUUUAAAGAGACCGUCAAGUAACGCAAUUGCAAGUAUACUACAUUCGCAUAAUAGGGCCAUAUCUGACAUCAAUUUCCACCCAUUUGAUCCUGAAAUUUUAGCUACAUGUGCAGUUGAUAGUUUCAUAAUGAGUUGGGAUAUGAGAGCUCCAAGAAAACCAGUUGCAAAGUGGGCAGAAUGGAGAGCUGGUGCAAGUCAGGUCAAAUGGAAUCACGAAAACCCCAACGAGAUUGCGCUGUGUCACGAUAGUUCAUUUUACAUUUGGGACACUAGAAAAGGUGCUUUACCUGUUGUUAAAAUCGAAAAAGCUCAUGAGAAAAAGAUAAAUGGGAUUGAUUUUACUCAAGGAUUGAAAAACAUUGUAACCUGCUCCAAUGACAAUAAAGUGAAAUUUUGGAAUUUGCAAAGCGACGAGGCUUCCAAUUACAUCUCAAAUUUCAAUUAUUUUGAUAGCGCACAAAACAGUCCGAUUCGUCCCAGUGUAGUUAUAGAAACCGAUUUCCCAAUAGCUAGAGCCAGAAAUCUACCUUUUGGAUCUGACAAAGCAUGCGGAAUAAUGCCUUUGGCAGGAGGGAAUAACUCAAUUCAUAUAGUAAACUACGAUGAUGCUUACCGUGAUUAUUUACAAGAAAAAACCACACAAAUAUUAAGUAGCCAGCCCGUUUAUUCAUUUAAAGGACAUCGAGGCCCUAUAAAAGAUUUUCUUUGGAGAACAAGACACGAAUGUUACGAGGGCUUUGAUUCUAGAAAGAAAUGGAAAGACUAUCAAUUGGUGACAUGGUCUUCAAAAGACUACGAUUUAAAAUUGUGGCAGCACGAUGAUAGGAUUUACAAGGGUGUGAACUAUGACCCUACUUUUUUUAAUGUUUUCAAGGACGAACUGGACUCAGAAACCUCCCGGCCAGAAACACCACGAGCAGAACAUGUUUAUAAAUAUGAUACCUUUUGCUGUGAACCACGAAUAACGAUAGAUGAUAUAACAAAAACAAAUGGUGGCGAUUUGCUUUCUGCAAUGACACUUUCAUUAAUUGCGGAGAAACAUAAAUUAGCCAAUACGGAGUUUACACAGUUGAAUCAUCUCAACUGGAUUUCAGGUGUUCGAAUGGGACAUAAUGACUCUGCUGAGCGGAAGAACAGUUCCUCAAGUUUUGAAGAUGAUGGACCAACCAACUUGGGUGAGGAGGUUAGUAUCGUUGGCCACAAGUUUCCUAAAAUAAGAUUUGAAAAAAUAUCCGUUUCCACUGGGGAAUUGGUUAUCAGUUUACGUGGGCCGCUACCUACACUAGAAAGUACUAGUAUGGACCGCAAAGAUUCGGUUGAAUCAAAUGAAAACAAUAAUGCAGAGUCGGCAGUAUCAUUACGUGAUAAGAGUAUUAUCAGUGAAGGCGAUAAGGAUACCGAAAAAAUGAGCCACAAAGAAAGAGAGAACUUGCAUACUGAAUCUAAUAUUGAGAAAUCCAAAGAAGAGUUUACAACUGAUCAAAAAUUGGUGUUUAUACGUCUUGAAAUUGGUUUUCCUAAGGCAUAUCCAUUCUUGGAGCAAGUCAGUUCAGAGCAAUUCAAAUCAGCUAAAAAGUUUUCCAAGCUACAAAAACAGAACCAGAUUAAGUUCAAUAUUGAAGAGACCCAUGAGUUAUCAACCUCUACCAAGAACAUAAUGCAGGAGAAUUUGGACAAUAUUGCACAAUUCUAUACUAAUAAGUAUCAGCGAUUUUGUCUAGAACCUUGUUUAAGAUAUUUGAUGGGAGAGAAAGUGGAGCUUGAUGACGAUUUAAUGAUUGAGGGCAAUCAAAAUGGAACCGACAGUGGCGAUAGUGAGGUCAUCCAAGAAGUAGGUGAUGAAGCAUGGGUUGACGAUUUAAUCAACCAACAACCCGAUAUUCCGACAUAUUCGUCCGGCGAAGAAGAGGAAGGAGAAACUGGAUUGGCCGAUUUGAUCCCUGCACAUGACAGAACUCUAUACCAAACAACUGAUUCCGAAAUUAAGGACGAUGAAACACAUUUGGGCCGAGUUAAUGGGAAAGUACCUACUGUUGAUAGUACACCUUUACCAAAUGGGUGUGGUGCUAUUUGGUCUCCCACCGGCCAAUUGGUUUGCUUUUUUAUACCAAAGUCAAAAGCAGAUGGGGAUGCACAGGAAGACAACGAGAGUAAGGCAUUCCAGAAAUUUAAUAUUUUUAAAUUUACAGACGGUGGGUUUAGUCUGCCACACCAUCAAAAAUCCGAGUCUAUAGGAUCCGAGUCUGGGACUCAAGACGACUGUGAUUCAGAUAAUUCUUCUGAAGAUGACAAUGACAAUCGAUCAGUUUCUUCUUCUUCAUCCGAUGGCAGCUUUGCCAAAGAUUGGGAUGAAAUGUUACUGAAUGACGCACCGAGAGUAAGAGUUCAGGGAUUGUUCAAAACUAGUCUUGGCUUGGGUAAUUAUUUUGAUCACGAAAGCAGUCACAAAUCAUCAUUGAAUAGAUUGACAAGCAAUGGGGGUACAGCUUCCAACUACAAAUCAUCCCUUAAAGGUGACAGAAAGAAGUUAACUGAUGCAAUUCAACUGAGAAGAAAAAAUAUUGUGGGUAUAUUUGAUUUUGGACAUUUGCUCCCUGAUAAAUACGAACUUGCACGAGAGUACAGAGUACUAGGAGACUCGCCAGAAAUACUAGCAAAGCACAAUUCUUCAGUGGCUCUAAAAUAUGGGCUCAAAGAAAUUAGUGACGUUUGGAAAAUACUUGAAAUGAUUCUCAUUAAACAAACACAAUAUUCAGACAUCAUUGAUGACUUUUAUCCAAAUUAUAGCUUGAAUAUCCCUGUUCAGACUGAAAUUGGCGAUAAAUUUCUCUAUAAAUCACGAUUUUAUUGGAAUACACACCCCUUUGGAAGUUCUUGGCUUAUUAAAGAGAUUUUCGAUUAUUUUGAAAGGAAAUUGAAUGUACAAAUGUUGGCGAUGAUGGCAUGCAUAUUGUAUGAGAAUCCUAAAAACUUGAAAGUGGCCAGUGAAUUAAUGAAUGUCCCUGUUCACACACCUUAUCAAGCUUUGCCACCACCUCCUAUAGUAUCAUUGAGUGCUUGUAACAGUACCAUAUUUGGGCUUUCUUAUGGGAAAACUACAGUUAGCGAAGAUACCGGGUACGAUCAUAGAAAUUCAGCUUUGCUGGGCACUAUAAAGGAGUCCCUGGCCCCGCCUGCCACUGCUUACGCCAGAUCCAUAACUUCGUCGGUUGGAGCAGAGAGUAUUGCUAAUGGAUCGCCAGAUAAAUUUAGAGUUUUGAAAAAAAACUUUGCAUUAAAAUCGCAUUCGUUGGGACCUUCCAACAACUCGCAUUCUUCCUUGAAUGACUCUUUACUUGAAUCUAAUGUCUCUACACCGGAACGGAAUAUGAGAAUACCGUCACUGGAAAAGAAAAGUAAGGGUAUUGUUUUACGAAAACCAUAUCCUUUGAAGAAAUUCCGACCAAAGCCUACCCCUACAGUAUCUAUUGAGAUGCAAAAUAUUGAAGAGUUGGAUGUCUACGAAGAUAUUAACUCAAGAUCUUUAUUGAGUUCGAUAGACAAAGACAAGUUGGUCAAGUAUAGAGAGAUUUAUGCUGAAAUGUUGUAUAAUUGGCAAUUGCCUGUGGGGCGUAUCAAACUUUUGAAAUUCAAUUAUCCUGAGCUGGAAAAAACGGAAUUGACUACUAAAGAUAUUCACAAGUGUUCAAUUGGAUUCAAAAAGAGAUCGCAACAGCAUCCGCAUCAAAAUUUGUUGAACCCAAUAACGACAAUUUAUUCAAAGUUCCCAAACUCAUGGAAUACAAGCAAAAGACAAUUAUUAAAAUAUUGCAAUUUGUGUCAAUUGGCAGUAACUAAAAACUUCACUUUAUGCACAGUGUGUGAACAUAUAAUGCACACGGCAUGUGCCAGAGAAUGGUGGACUACAGAUAAUAGUGAAUGUGCAAGUGGUUGUGGUUGUAGAUGUUUAGAACGUAGCUUUUGA